AUUUUCUCAACCAGUGCACAUUUCUCCUUUGAUGAGGUUUCUAUGCAUCAAAGUAUGCUCUUUUCUGAUAGUCUUAAGGAUUUAAAGAAUCUGAAAAAACAACUUUACUCAGCAGCUGAAUAUUUUGAAUUGUCUUAUUCUAAUGACGAGCAAAAAGAAGUUGUUGUAAAUACAUUGAAAGAUUAUGCCAUUAAAGCCCUUGUGAACACUGUGGAUUAUUUGGGCUCUGUGACAUAUAAGGUCAGUGAUCUCUUGGAUGAAAAAGUUGAUGAAGUAUCUGGAACAGAGCUGUGUCUAUCUUGCAUUGAGCAGGUUAAUUGAAUGGACUCCAUAAUCGAAGUCAAGAUACUUACCGAGUUCCAUUUGGUUGAAGAAAUGUUGUUCAUUGAUAAUCUUUUAAAGACUGCAAGAUGCUAACACCCUUUGAAGAGCCAAUGCUUGGACAUAUCAAAUGCUUGGCAGUUGGCGGUGUGCAAUUUUCUUAUAUUUUUCUGUCCGAAGAAUUCUGUGUCUAGUUAAUGUUUUGUAGCUGAAGUGAAUGCAAAAACACACACUUUCAUCAAGAAGAUUAUACA